AUGUCAGUGCAAUCAAAGUUGUUGGAAACUGCAAUAGAUCCUGAAAAACGGCGACGAGCUUUGAUUUUGGCAUCAGUUGGAGUGAUUUCAGCAGUAGCAAUACAUUAUGUGACCGCGAAGAAAUCUAAAAAAUCGGAAAAAAAUCUGAAAGAUUCUGAAAAAAAGAAAAAGAAGUCAACUUUUGACCCGAAGUUUUUGAAGCAAUUAAGAGAAUUAUUGAAAAUCAUGGUACCUGGAGUGUUUUCGAAAGAGGCUGGAAUUAUUGGAAUGCAUUCAAUUGUUUUAAUUUGCCGAACAUUUUUGACAAUUUAUGUGGCACAAUUGGAAGGUUCGAUGGUUCAAGCGAUUGUUGAGAAAAAUGUAUUGCAAUUUGUGAUGCAUUUGAUUCGCUGGAUUUUGGUUGCAGUUCCUGCGACAUUUAUUAAUUCAAUGAUUCGAUUUUUCGAAUCUUAUUUGGGACUUGCUUUUAGAACAAAGUUGACAGAACAUGCUUAUAAACAAUAUUUUUCGGUAAGUGGGGAUGAGGUUUGAUUUUUUGAGGUCAACUUGUUGUUUUUGUUUGAAAAAUUUAUUUGUGUUUUAACAAAAUAUCAAAAAAAAUUGUGAAUUUCGGAAUUUUCUUUUCAAAAAUAAAAGUUAGCGAAAAUAAAAAAGACGAAAAAAAUUAGAAAUGAAAUUUUUCAAAAACAAUUUAUUUUCACGUGUCAAACGUGGCUUUUUUCCAAUGAAAAAUAAUUCAUUUCCAAUUUUUUCAGGACCAAACCUACUACGCAGUGUCAAACUUGGAUACCCGACUUCAAAACGCUGAUCAAUGUCUCACCGAAGACAUCACAAUGUUUUCUCAAAGCGUAGCUCAUUUGUAUUCACAUUUGACAAAACCAGUAUUGGAUAUUGCGCUGAUUACGUAAGAAAGUUUUAAUGAAAAUUAAUAAUUUCCAUAUUUUUUUCAGAUUUACAUUGCUCCGUUUGGCAUUCCAACGAGGAACCGGCAAAAACACUUUCAUCCCAUCAUGUCUUGCAAUUUUAUCAGUGUCCCUCACCGCAAAAAUUUUGAAAGCAGUAUCACCAAGAUUUGGACACAUGGUUGCGGAAGAAGCCAGAAGAAAGGGACAUCUUCGUUAUUUGCAUUCAAGAGUUAUCACAAAUUCCGAAGAAAUCGCAUUUUAUGGAGGACAUCAAGCUGAAUAUAAACAAUUGGCUGGUGCUUAUAAUUCUCUUUAUGAUCAAAUGCUGUUGAUUUUCAAAAAACGAAUUCCUUAUAUUAUGAUUGAACAAUUUUUGAUGAAAUAUGUUUGGUCAGGAACUGGAAUGGUUAUGAUUGCGUUGCCGAUUUUGGCUGCCGAAUAUGCGGAUGAUGAACGUAAGAUUUAAAAAGGCAAAAGCUAAAACAGGUUAAUUUUUUUUUAUAAUUUCAGAAAACACAAAACUUGAUGAUCUUCCCGAUCAAGGAGUCUCUGAAAGAACCAAAGGCUAUGCAACCGCCAAAACUUUGUUAUUCAACUCGGCUGAUGCUGUUGAGAGAUUAAUGACAAGUUAUAAAGAAGUGACUGAACUUGCUGGAUAUACUGGAAGAGUUCAUGAAAUGUUCAAAGUUUUUGAUGAUGCCAAAAAGGGAAUUUAUCAACGUGGAACAGUUAGCACCGAAGGAAAAUCAAGAGGAGAACGAUUUGACACAACUUCGAUUGAUGGAACAAUCACAGAUUCGGAGACUGACUCAAUUGUUCUGAAAAGUGUUCCAAUUGUCACACCAAAUGGAGAUGUUGUUGUGAAAAAUAUGUCGAUUGAAAUUCAUUCUGGAAUGCAUGUUUUGAUCACUGGACCAAAUGGAUGUGGUAAAAGUUCAUUAUUCAGAAUUUUGGGUGGACUUUGGCCAGUUUAUCGAGGAGAAUUGGAGAAACCACGGGCCGAUCGGAUGUAUUAUAUUCCACAACGACCAUAUAUGACAUUGGGAACUUUGAGAGAUCAAGUGAUUUAUCCAGACACAACUGUUCAGAUGAGACGGAAAGGAAUCACUGAUCAAGAUUUGAUGAGAAUGUUGAGAAUUGUUCAUUUGGAACAUAUAAUUGAGCGAGAAGGUGGAUGGGAUUCGAAAAAUGAUUGGAUGGAUGUGUUAUCCGGUGGAGAAAAACAACGAAUGGGAAUGGCAAGAGUAUUCUAUCAUCGACCAAAAUAUGCGCUUCUUGAUGAAUGUACUUCAGCUGUAUCGAUUGAUGUUGAAGGAAGUAUUUAUCAAGCAAUUAAAGAUGCCGAAAUCACAUUACUCACAGUAACACAUCGUCCUAGUUUAUGGUUAGUUUGAAAAGUGGGGUUGUAUGGAAAUAUUGAAACGAACUCUGCUUGGCUUUCUUUUUUUAAAUUCAUUUCGAUUGUUCGAAAAAAAAUGAAUGAUGAUCCUAUUUUCAGGAAAUUCCACACUCAUCUUCUUCAAUACGACGGAGAAGGCGGAUACAAAUUAUCAAGCCUCAAUGAGAAAGAUAUUGGUGAACGCUUGACUUUGAGUGAAGAGAAACAUGAAAUUGAGACAAAGUUGGGAGAAGUUGGAAAAUGGAAAGAUCGACUUCAAGAAUUGUGCCAGAUUUUAGGCGAGGAUAGGAACGGUGAUUUGUCGAUGGAUACGGAUGAAAGUGCGGACGCUUAA